AUGAUUUUAGCCAGAAAGAGUAGCAAGUCAAGCAAAGCCCCCGAAGUAAUGGGCACUCAUGCUUUGGUCAGUACUUGCCACGAGCAGGUCACCAGAAACAUCUCACUCGACCGGACUAUAAGUACCAGGGUCGCAGACGUGGGCAGGUGGUCGCGUUCGCGUGUAGUAAGCAGAUAUAGUGCGAGAGACUACCGCCCGAAAUCGCCACCGAACAGUCCGAACCUGGAGCCGUCCACCGAAGAUGAGCUGAAGGGGGUCUACAUCAACUGCUGGAGGGAUGACUCCAACGAUUGGGUGUGGGAGUGGAGCAGUCGGCCGGACCAGUUGCCCCCCAAGGACUGGCGGUUCAAGCAUCCGGUCAACGCUCGCGGUCCACCAUCGGCCACCUCCUCCAUCGAGGUCCUCGAGCAGCAGCUGCAGCCGGCCGGUCAGCAGCAGGGGCACUGUCUGUCCGUGCGGCGCGCGUGCCUGUUCAGCCGCGGCGCGAUCGCGGCCGUGCUGCUCACCAACGUGGUCUCGCUGCUGCUCGGCGCCGGCAUCGGAGUGUGGCUGAGCAAAAAGGGCAUGCUGCCGCCGAGACUGAUCGUGCUCAACUGAAGCGGCCGCCUGCGUGAGACUGACUCGCUGGACACAAUUCAGAUUGUGAAGUAAGUUUGUACAGCGGUGGCGCCGUCUAGGGGGCAGAGGCGGAAAAAAUUUUAAAUUAACAAAAAAAAAAAAAAACCAUUUUUUUUAUCUAGACGUAGAGGUUUUUGUAUUUUCCUAUAAAAAUCGGUACGAUUGGCGGGAAAUUGAAAUCGAUGAUUUAAAAGAAAUUUUAGUCGAAUACGCUAGAAACUUUUCGAAUAUUUUUUUUUUUUUAAGAAAUAAAAAGCUGAUCGCUGUGUUUUUUUUUUAUUGUUUCCCUACAAUCGCACCGAUUCUACUAUCACUUUUAUAAAAUACCGUAGUCGUAAGUAUGUCGAAAAUAAUAUAAGCACACAAUGUUCUUUUUUUUUUUUGUUUUUAAGUUUAGAACGGAGCGUUACUGCAUUUUGUUUUUUUUUUUGUGUCUUUUGAAUUUUUCACAUAUAUUUUUGUAAUAGCAACACCAAUAUUGCUCAAAAAAAGGGUUUAUAUCAGUUUCACAGCUUCUGCAUAUUAUGUACUGUUUAGCUUAUAACGGAUUGGUAAAAUGACAAUGUAUGAAAAUUAAGUCGCAAUGUAAUUGAUAGGCUGUCAGUUACUUUAUUAGCGAGCCGUGAAACAUAUUCCUAUAUGUACAUGUCAUUUCUUGCAUAAUAAUUUAAAAAAUAAUGAUAAAUAAAAAAAUAAAAAUACUUCGUAUUUUUGUAAUAAAUUUUUUCAUAAUAGACUUGUGGAUGCGAAAUUUAUUUUUUUAAACUCAUUAUAGUCACGUUUUUGUAUGUAUGGAUGUAUAAUUCGUAUGCGGUCAAGAUCUUAGCUUUAUGACGUCAUAGAAAAAAAUAAUAAUCUUUUAAAAAUAUACAUUUAUAGGGGGUAUGUGUAUUGGGUUUUCUGAGGUGGUGUUCCAAAUAGUUUUUUUUUUUCUUUUAGUACUAGGACCGGUGUUCGACUCCCUGGCUGUUGGUUAUAUAAAGAUUUCUCCAUGGAGUUUGCUAUAGUGGUUUAUUUAAUAGAACUCAAUUUGCAUUGCUUUUUUUUUAUUGCUCAUUUAAAUAAUUCAAUUGUUUCUAUAGUUUUGUUUGUUUUUGAUAUUGCAUAAAAGUAUGUUCGUUUUAUAUAAAAUUUCGGAAAUAUUAUUAAUACUAUAGCGGAACACGAUUCUAGAAAUGUUGCCAUAUAAAAAAUAUCAGUCUGGUAAAAUAGAGAAUUGUAGGAGAAAUUUUGCAAAAUUACUGUGAUGUUACAGUUUUUAGUCUCGUGCGUCUCAAAUGAAAAUUGUUUCAUUUCUAUAUAUAUUAUUAUAAUAUAUUUUAUUUAGAGAGUAUAAUAUUUAAGUUGUAGUUUUAAUUAUAUUUAUGUUUCAUGUCGUGUGAUAGCCACUUUGAUGUUUUGUUAU